GAUGUGGAAGAUGCCACCAAACCGGCCAUAAUAGAGCGACAUGUGCAAAGAGAUCAUCUAGACAAGAGGGGGGGUCCGCCGGGCAUGGAGGUGAUAGCGGAUCCUGGGCCGAGUGAUCGUUCUGUCCUCACACUGCAGGCCUCACACAGGAGUGAGGAUGUUUGGCUUGGCAUGGAUGUGCAGGUUGAUAGGUGCCGCGAGCAUCUGCGGGGUUUGUCCCAUUUACAUGUCGACCCCAGAGUCCUAGCCUAUGUUCGUGCUGCAGGUUUUUUUACACUGCACAGGUUAGUGGCUACUGUGCCUUUAGAUAGAGCCCUCCUCACUGCUCUACUUGAGCGUUGGAGGCAGGAGACACAUUCAUUUCACCUCCCUGUUGGUGAGGUCACUGUGACAUUGGGAGAUGUGGCUGUACUUACCGGGUUAGAGGUUGAUGGGAGAGCUGUUACAGGCACUGCUUGUCGACAGUGGGUUGAUGAGUGUGAGAGGUUGUUAGGCAUCCGCCCCGUUCUUAGGGCUGACCUUCAGGGGUCAUCUCUUAGGAUGCCAUGGUUGAGGGAGCACUUCCAGGCCCUUCCUCCCGACGCUGAUGAGAUGAUCAUCCAGCAGCAUGCUCGUG